GUCAUCACUCUCUCCUCCUACAUCCCCCCCACCCCCAUCUAUGUCCCCUCCACCUUCCCCACCCAUGUCUCCCCCAACACCCCCACCAGUGUCUCCUCCACCUCCCCCACCCAUGUCUCCCCCAACACCCCCACCUAUGUCUCCUCCACCUCCCCCACCCAUGUCUCCACCAACACCCCCACCUAUGUCUCCUCCACCUUCCCCACCUAUGUCUCCCCCACCUCCCCCUCCCAUCUCCCCACCACACCCACCUCCUCCACUGCCCUGUGGCCUUUAGACCAGUCGUGAUGUCCAGCAACGGUCCAAGUUACGCAAUCUGAACUGGGAUCUCAUUCUGAAGGAGAAGGUAGAGGGCCGUCAUAGUGUCUGGACCAGUCCAGAUGAGUUCCACGUAGACUUGAGCUCGUUGGAUGAGCUAUUUGGACAACAGAAGAGCUCUCAGCCCCCCAAGAGGGACGUCAAUUUACGGCAUGGUCUCAGACCCAUUGGCUCCCCUCCACGCAAUGUACCUGAAAAGGUCAGCAGGCUGGUUUCCAUAUGGACAGGUAUAGGCAUAAUAUCUAUCAGUCUUAAUUGUGAUGAAAAGUGUAUUCUAGGUGUGGUGCUAUCCUUAGAGAAUGAUUGGGAUGUGGCUGUAUGUUGAUUGUUGUUCUGACUGUUAUUCUCUGUUUCUGUCUGAAUCUGUAGGCAUCACUUCUGGGCGGGAAGCACAGUAUGAACGUAGGGAUUUUCCUCCAGCAAUUCAAGAGGUGGGAGACAUAUAUUUUAAACCCACUUUCAUCAGGUUUGCAAAAUAAUGUCACUAUCAGAGACAUUUUUUAUGUAAUCCCUGCCAUGUAACAUGUCCCUGGCCAAACAAGCAUUAGAGACAGAGGAAUGACCUAUAUUAUAACUCAUUAUAACUCAUGGCUGUUGUCUCAUGUCUUCACAGUGCAGUGAGGGAGACAGUGGAGGACAUCAGACAAGGGGCUGGGCAGCAUUAUGGGAGUGACAUGCUCAGUGAACUGUGCAAAUUGCUGCCUGAGACUGAGGAGGUACUGUGGAGUUCUGUCUGUCUCUCCAUAUCAUCUGUCUGUAUUUAGUGGUCUUUAUGUCUACAUGUUUUUUCUGUCCUACAGUGUACUGACUCAUGUUUCCUGUUCUGCAGGAGAGACGUCUCAGGGCGUUCCCGGGUAAGCGUAGCCAUUUUGAAGACACUGACCUCUUCAUGCUCCUACUAGUGGAGGUGCCCAGGUGAUUAAACAUAUUUUUGGUGGUUGGUCAUCAUCCUACUCCUACCAAAAGAAAAAGCUAUUGAAUCCUUUACCUAAUUUAUCUUCCUGUCUUUUGCAUCCUGUUAUUUUUCUCUUGUCAGUUAUCGCUUGUGUCUGGACACCAUGAUCCUGCAGCAGGAGUUUGACCCAGCCUUAUCUUCACUGUGUGUUUCAGCUUGCUGCAUGGUGUCUGCAGCCACAGGUGAGGAGACAGCAUGAGCCAGAGUGAUUGAAAUCGUUUGUCUUAGAUCACUGAACUUUCUUGUAAGAUUUAUUUGACUUCCAUGUUGUUUUGAUCUUAGUGACAUACUGUAAAUGACUCUCUCUCUCUCUUUCUUAGAGCUUUUGAGCUGCCCAGAGUUGCACUCCAUCCUACGGCUGAUCCUGAGGGCAGGAAACUACAUGAAUGCCGUGAGUAGCAGUCAUCUGGCACCUAGACAGCCAAUGCAGCCAAACAUUGACCAAUGUGUUGAGUGCAUGAGUAUGAAUGAGUGGGAGUGGGAGGGAAUGAUCUGAUCUUGUCAUACCUUCUGACCAACAGGGAGGUUACACAGGCAAUGCUGCUGGGUUCCGCAUCGCCUCUCUACUCAAACUCGCUGACACCAAAGCCAACAAACCAGACAUGAACCUGCUGCAUUAUGUGGCCAUGGUAAAAAUCUGCUAAAUACUUCACAAAUAGAUGUUAAAAGGAUUCUCCAACACUCCUUUCAGGGAUAUGCGACAUAAGCAGUCGGUUAGGGCCCCCAGCCGCUAGGGAGUGGAUAAAUAACAACAAAUAGGGCACUGACAGCUGUCAGUGUAGCUAGCUAGCAUGCUAACCUUAUCUAAAUAGCUAAUGUUCUAUGUUGUUGCUACACUGUAUUCAAAAGAUUAGCCAGCUGGCUAGUCUACUGAAUGGCUGGUUCUGGAGCUGGAUUUGUCAUAAGUAUUUAGGGAAAACUUCGCCACAGAUGGAUAGGGAAAACCAGUAUAUUUUACUUUGCCAUCUAUUGUUAUCUCCAAAGUUUUGUCAUGUUCCAUAAAUUGCGGCCGCGAAUCCACCAUAGAAAUAGAAAAAAUAAGAUGAGGCUCCGGUAAUAUGGAUAGCCUAACUAUUGAACAGUUUGGACUAGAUUCUACAUUGUAAUGGACACGGUGCAACCUUUGGUAUGCUUCUGGUAGGCUGCGCUACAGCAAUGCCACGUCAGCCAGUGCUCAUGCCAUGGUUCUCACAGCUAGAGGAAGUGAAAUGAUAGGCUACAAUGACUUUUCUCAUGAUGCAGACCGCAAAUGAUACUGUAUGUAACAACAUCCUGAGCGCAUUGGACACAAAACGAAACACCAACACACAUGUAACAACAGCACAAAAUAGAUAAACAAGUUUGUGGAGUUUUCUUUCACGGGUGCCUUCAUUAUAGGAUAGAUACUUGUGAUUUCUAGCUGCACCAAUCAAAGCAUGGUCAAAACCAUUCAUCUUGGGGAGCUGGGUUCCAAAAUGCAAUCCUAUCACUCACAAUUUUACCAUUUAUAAAAUGGUCAUAUACAGUGCAUUCGGAAAGUAUUCAGACCCCUUCCCUUUUUCCACAUUUUGUUACGUUACAGCCUUAUUCUAAAAUUGAUUAAAUAAAAAAAUGUCCUCAUCAAUCUACACACAAUAUCCCAUAAUGACGAAGCGAAAACAGUUUCAAAAAACAUUUUAGCAAAUGUAUAAAAAAUGUUAAACAGAAAAACCUUAUUUACAUAUGUGUUCAGACCCUUUGCUAUGAGACUCGAAAUUGAGCAUCCUGUUUCCAUUGAUCAUCCUUGAAAUGUUUCUACCUCUUGAUUGGAGUCUACAUGUGGUAAAUUCAAUUGAUUGGACAUGAUUUGGAAAGGCACACACCUGUCUAUAUAAGGUCCUACAGUCGACAGUGCAUGACAGAGCAAAAACCAAGCCAUUAAGGUCGAAGGAAUUGUCCGUAGAGCUCCGAGACAGGAUUGUGUCAAGGCACAGAUCUAGGGAAGGGUACCAAACAUUUCUGCAGCACUGAAGGUCCCCAAGAACACAGUGGCCUCCAUCAUUCUUAAAUGGAAGAAGUCGGGGGAGAAGGGCCUUGGUCAGGGAAGUGACCAAGAACCCGAUGGUCACUCUAACAGAGCUCCAGAGUUCCUCUUUGGAGAUGGGAGAACCUUCCAGAAGGACAACCAUCUCUGCAGCACUCCACCAAUCAGGCCUUUAUGGUAGAGUGGCCAGACGGAAGCCACUCCUCAGUAAAAGGCACAUGACUGCCCGCUUGCAGUUUGCCAAAAGGCACCUAAAGGACUCUCAGACCAUGAGAAACAAGAUUCUCUGGUCUGAUGAAACUAAGAUUGAACUCUUUGACCUGAAUGCUAAGCGUCACGUCUGGAGGACAUCUGGCAUGGUGGUGGCAGCAUCAUAUGUGGGGAUGUUUUUCAGCGGCAGGGACUGGGAGACUAGUCAGGAUCAAGGAAAAGAUGAACGGAGCAAAGUACCGAGAGAUCCUUGAUAAAAAUCUGCUCCAGAGCGCUCACCUUCCAACAGGACAUCGACCCUAAGCACACAGCCAAGACAACGCAGGAGUGGCUUUGGGACAAGUCUCUGAAUGUCCUUGAGUGGCCCAGCCAGAGCCUGGACUUGAACCCGAACAAACAUCUCUGGAGAGACCUGAAAAUAGCUGUGCAAUUUUCCCUAAAAAUAAGUUGAAAUUGACCAAAGUAUUUGGUCUCCACAAUUCUUUAUUUCACUGUUAAUAUUACAGAACCUUUGUUUUUGAUUCAGAACAUAAUAUAUCCAUUUAAAUCAGAAAAUAAACAAAUGACAUUGACAAAAUUAUUGACACCCUAGACUUAAUAUUUGGUAGCAUAGCCUUUGGUCAAAAUAACUGCAAUCAAGCGCUUCCUAUAGCCAUCGAUGAGCUUCCUGCACUUCUGUACUGGCAGUUUGGCCCACUCCUCUUGUGCAAACUGCUCCAGUUCUCCCAGAUUUUAAGGGUGCCUUCUCACAACUGCUGUUUUCAUAUCUCUCCACAAGUUUUCAAUGGGAUUUAGAUCUGGACUCAUUGUUGGCCACUUCAGAAGAGUCCAGCAUUUUGUCCUGGGUGCUUUUUGAAGUGUGUUUGGGGUCAUUGUCCUGCUGGAAGACCCAUGACCUUUGACGGAGACCCAGCUUUCUGACACUGUGUCUGACAUUGCACUCCAAAAUGCCUUGGUAUUCUCCUGAUUUCAUGAUGCCAUGCACACGUUCAAGGCACCUAGUGCCAGAGGCAGCAAAACAACCCUAAAAAACAUAACUGAACCUCCUCCAUAUUUGACUGUAGGGAAGGUGUUCUUUUCUUUUGAAGGCUUAAUUUAGUUUUCUGCAAACAUAGAGAUGGUGUGCUUUACCAAAAAGCUCUAAUUUGAUCUCAUCUGUCCACAAGACAUUCUCCCAGAAGGAUUUUGGCAUGUUCAGGUGUGUUUUGGCAAAUUGCAGUCAGGCUUUCUUAAGUCUCUCUCUCAGCAGUGGGGUCCUCCUUACAUAUAACCCCCUUUCAUUGAGUUGGCGACGGAUGGUGCCAACUCAAUGAAUGUCGUACCUUGUGUCUGAAGGUCAGCUUGAAUCUGUGUAGCAGUUAAUCGAAGUGCUUUCUUCACCAUUCAAACAAUCCUUUGCUGCAAUCUUCCAUCAAGUUUUCUCUUGCCGCCACGUCCAGGGAGGUUGGCUACAGUGGUAUGGACCUUAAACUUCUUGAUUACAUUACGUACGAUGGGAACAGGAACAUCAAGGUCUCUGGAGAUGGACUUGUAGCCUUGUGAUUGUCCAUGCUUUGCUACAAUCUGACCUCCUCAGAUAAUUCUCUGGUUUUCUUUCUUUUCUCAAUGCUCAUUGCGGUACACACAGUGACACAAAACAGAAGAAUGAGUCCUUUUCUCUAUUCAAACUGGUUGAAUUAGUGAUUUUUAUAUUGCAGGCACAUACAACUCACCACAGAUGAGUUCAUUUCCAAAGUAAAGGAGAAUCACUUGCUUCUAACUACUUCUAGAAGGUGCCAAUAAUAUUGUUGGGGCCAUUUUAGGAUUUCCUUGUGGAAUAAGCUAACAUUUAGUAAAUUAUUCAGAUUUUUUUGUUUUGUUCAACUGCAAACCAAAGACAUACGUGGAUACCAAAAUAUGUUUAUAUUUCAACAGUUUCUGGAAGAAAUUGUGCAUUAUUUGAAAAAAGUGCAAGGGUGCCAAUAUUUCUGGCCACGACUGUAGCACUGUUUUUGCAUGUUGGUUGGUUGGUUGAUUGAGUCAUUAAUUCAUCCAUUAAUUCACUCAUUCUUUAAUUCACUAAUUCAGUCCAUUGUUAAUAACAAUGUUAGGUCCCUUUACGGACUAAUCUCACCUCUUGCUCUUCUCUCUCAUCCAUUAGACUGUUUGUGGAUGUGGUGCAGGGGGAUCUGUCUCAGCUGCACAGCAGACUAACUGCACUAGAGAUGAGAAUUCAGACUGAACUUGCUCUCCAACAGCAAAUCAAAUCCUUCCUCCGGGUAAGUGCUUCCUCUAAAAUAAUUAAUAAUAUCUCAAAAUAAGACCACAAGACUGCCACUUAAAUGUUUCAGAAAUGACCUUAUAUUGCAAGUAAUUUGCGAGUAAAUUGAUUGGAAUUUGGACUAACAAUCGUAAGUUGUGAAAGGUAGUUUGCAAGACUUUUGUUGUGGCCUGUUGUUAGAGCACUGAGGGGAGGCUGGAGGAGGUGGAGGUGGAGGUGGAAGCUCUACUGCAGGCCCAACAGGACCUGGUAGACUUCUUCUGUGAGGACGAUGUCACGUUCAAGCUGGAGGAGGCCUGCAGCAUCUUUUACUCCUUCAACGUUCGCUUUCAGAAAGCUGUAGAAGUCAGCACCUGAGCAGCAUCUGUUUGAGUUCAGCCAUAUUUUCACUUCUCCCAUUGAUAUGAAUGAAUGUUAUUUUGCUACAAUAAUGCAUGUGUGCUGGUUGGCAAGACCUCCAUCAAUGUACUUUUAUUUACCCUAAAUGAUUCAGUUAAUUCUAAUUUGAUUACUCUUCUGAUUUGUGUUUCAGGAGAAUGCAAAGAGGGAGCUUCAGGAACAGAAGCGAGCAGAGAGGGAGAGGAUGGAGAGGGACCGGGACAGGACGGUGAGACGUCGCUCCAUAGCCACCUAUUCAUCACUGGAGGAAGACCUGGAGAGAACCCUGGAGAGGUGCCACUUCCAUACCUGGUAGAGCCGCCUCAAUGUGCGAAGCCCAGACAGCCGACUACACGCCAUGAGUACAACAUUACACAGCUUACUGGAGAACAUCAAUGAUGAUGAUACUACAGAAUCAUGUGACGCACCACCACCAACCCCUGCCCAUUCACCACCACCACCCCAGACAAAGCCUCAGCAGAGUGUGGCUGCUCCCCCCUCUGACCCCACCAACAGUAUGCCAGCCCAGCCUGCCCAGGAGACCACCCCUCCGGUUGACAGCCCACAGUCGCCUCUGGAGCGCGCCCAUCUGCAGGGCAGUCUACCAGAAGUGCCUGCCCCAGAGAAACAGCAUGACACAGCCUCUGCCCAACCCACCACCAUGGGACAGUCACAGAAGCCUGGGGAAUGGGAGCGUCUGUAUCCAUUCAUGGGAGACACAGUAGUGUGUCACACUCUUGUGACUGGCCUACACUCCUAUAAGAACCUGACCCCAACACAGCCCCAGAAGGAGCCAACGAAAGGAUCCCACUGCUGCUUACGGUUGAGGGACAAGCAGGAGCAGGACAGAGCGGCAUCACCCCAGGUCCACAGAGUGGCAGCACCCCAGGUCCAGGGGGAUAAUGUGCAAGACAAAAAGGUGUGCACACCAGCUUCUAGGCUGCAGAGAAAAACUCUGCCCAGGAGCAGGGCUUCCAGACCCUCUGCCAGCCCCACUUACACCCUUUCCUCUACUGCCUCUGCCAUCCCCACUUCCACAGCCUCUGCCAUCCCAAAAAUGCAGGGCAGGUCAGAAGCAGCCUCCACAUGGUCCUCACUUCUCCCUCUCAGGAACUCAAUGCGUUCCCCAACUCCAUCCACCUUCAGAGAUCAUACUGAGGUCAGACAGGAAGGGAUUGUUAGGGAGAAAAUUAUUUAUCUGAAUGAGCAGACAAAAAAAAGAAUCUUCUUCGUCGACUAC